CUCUGCAUCGACAUGGCUCGGCCCGCAGUCACAGCGCAGUACCUGCAGCAGUUUCUAACCACGAUCGAGUCGCUGCCAUACGAUCUUCAGCGCAACUUUACCCUCAUCCGCGAGCUUGACGCGCGCACCCAUGAGGCGUUGAGGAUGGUCGAGCAGCUGUGCCCGGCGCUUGCAGACAAGUCGCUGCCGCAGGACGAAAUCAUCCAAAAGAUCCGCGGCAUCCAAGAGCACUUCCGCCGAUGCCUGGAGUUUGGCGACGACAAGAUCCAGAUUGCUGCUCAGAGCUACGAGCUGGUCGAUAAACACAUCCAACGACUGGACGCUGACGUGGAGCAUGUCCGCCAAGUUGCUGACAUUGACCACGACGACGGCAACGCACGCAAAAAAAGCCGUAUGUCCGUCGAAGAUGACCGCAGCUCAGGAUAUGGCAAAAAGCUUAAUCGAGCCGCGCAAGGCAGCAAAGCAAACGCCAAGGACCAAGCGCCGCCAUUGACAGUUGGAGCUCACGCCGCGGCACUGGCUGCCCGUGCUGGUGGUGCACGCCAACUCGGUAACAAUAAUCGUGGCACAGCUCGUUCGCCAGGCGUUGACGUGGACAUGCCAGUCGACCCGAACGAGCCCGUGUAUUGCGUGUGUCACCAAGUUUCUUACGGCGAAAUGAUUGGCUGCGACAAUCCCGAUUGUAUCACCGAGUGGUUCCAUUUCCAAUGCGUCAAUCUCACAGCCAAGCCCAAGGGCAAGUGGUACUGCCCACAGUGUACUGAGCUUAAAAAGAAGGGAUUAAUCAAAUAGUGUUAUGUUGUUUGUAGUUUUCGUUGUCGUUCGUUAAACAAAUGUUCAUCCACUG